GUUUUGGAACGGAAUUGAAGAUUCAAAAUUCCACUACAAUGAUGCACUGAACUCACUGUCGUACUCUUCUAAUAUAGGGUACUAAUCUACCCAUCCCAAUACUAUUUCAAUCCUUACUAUAUCCUUACCUACUGAUCCUUACUUCCCUUACUAUGUAUCCAUCUAUUGGUAAAGUUUAAUGUCAUUUUGACUAAACUCCUUCUACGAAAUGAAAUUUCAAUCAAAAAAGUCGAAACAUCUUUUUCAAAACAUGACUUGUUGAAAGGACUUCCGUAAGCAUGUUGAACACAUGUUAAAAUGAGACAAACAUCGUUUUGGAUCUUGAUGAUCACAUUUCCGAAUAUUUGUGUGGGGAACAUUGGGAAUUUGUUCCUAAAUUUUCUUGAACCAGAUACCCUGGCGAACCAACCAUUCGUGCCUUGCGAGGAGAACAUUUUCAAGCAUUUCAACACCCUUAAUGGAACAGGAUCUAAGGCUUAUGUGACGUCCGAAAUGCAAAUUCAGUUGUGUCCGAACUUUUGCGACAAUGCCACCACCAUUCACGAUUUCUGCCUGACCCAUGAACCCGAUUAUGUGCAGGCCUUUUCGGCCACAGUUCAGAGCGAUCGUUGCUGUGAUGCCCGUCGAUGCCAAUGUGUUUGUCACUUUCAUUGCCAUACAUUUCGGACGAAGGAAAUGGAAUUCAGAACCGAAGGUUUCAGACAUUGCGUUUGGGCUGGAGAUAAAUCAGACCUGUUACGAAAGUCGAAACUAGUUUGCCAGCGUCAAAAAGAUGAAUUGGCUUGCGGACAAGCUCAUGAGCGUUUUCUCUGUCCAAGGCAAUAUGUUUGUAUUGGAGAAACAUGUUUGGCGUGUGUGAAUCCAAAUUGCGUGUCAAAACGGGACAAGAAGAUCACCAAAUUCUUGAUUGCAUCACAAAAACCGACUUCUUAAGACAAUUAGGCGUAGAAUUGAACUUACAUCAAACUAUCUCCAGAUAACAUAACAAUUGCAUUAAAUGAAGGGAGAGGAAACAACAUUUUACAUCAUGUAUUUGUAUUUGUAUUUUGUAUUUGUAUUUGUACAUUUUGAUUGCAGGAGCAAAUGCUCCAGGAAUUACAGUGUUCGGAAACGUGUGUUUCUUUGUUUCUAGA